AUGCCCCCUAAACCGCCUCCAAACUCUCGAAAAGCAAAGCUAUAUAGCAGCCGAACGAUCAGAUCAGAAGCGGUUGACCCGAGUCUCAACGAUGGUAUCUUGACCAUCCCUCAAUUCCUCUCUUCCAGAGAAUAUGAGAUCAGAGCAUUCGAGCACAGCCAAUUGAAUACCAAGUAUGCUUCGUCCAACAGAGUAUUCCAGAGCUUGCCACGGACGCUUCGCCGAAGAACUGCGUCCCACAAUGUGAAGCGAAUUCCAAAACGAAUGAGGAAGAAAGCAUUGAGAGAAAUGCAAAGUUCCAAUAAUGGGGUGCCCCAAAAGAAGAAGCAGCCUCGAGGAAGAGAGCGCUAUAGACUCAAGCAAAUGAAGAGGCUUUUAAAAAUAGCAUCGAAGAUUAAGCAGCUCAGAGGCGCUGCGGCAGCAAACACUUCAAAGACGAUUCCGGAGAGACUCAAAGAGCUCAACAUACAGCUAUCCGAGCUACAGCAAAAGAAACUUAAGCCCAUUAAUAAUAUAUGUGGUGCAGUAGACCACUGCUGUACUGGGAAAAUAUGUCCUAAACCACUGGGUAAUGUGAAGUACGGUUCACGCCAGAAGACGUUCACCUGGCAGCCCACUCAUAUCUGGCACGCCAAACGCUUCCAUAUGCUGAAGAAAUGGGGCUUUCAAAUUCCAUUCAGCCCAAACCAAAAAUGCUUUAGAGCAACGAGUCGAGUUGCAAAGCAAGGCACGAUAAUCUUUGACACCUCAUAUUACGCAGAACUUUUGGUGGAAUGUCCCAAUACAACGUCUCUUGAAUCCGUGUUGCAGGAGAUCACAAAGUAUAACUCACCAUUGCCUACAUGGCUAACUCAAGGAUCUAGAGCAUACACAAACUGGAUCUAUGCUGACGACAGAAGACUCUGUCCUGGCUCUUUACUCGUGCAUGGUACGUCUGUGCUAGUACGACUUCAUCCCUCUAUGUAUGAGGAUUUUUUCAGAUAUCUUGUCACCUCUACUGAGAAUUUGAAGGCUUCUGUUACUGACUGCCGCUAUGCAAUUGGAAGCUUAAAUUUGAUGGGCCCAACUGCUCUUCAGACGAUAGGCAAGGUACUUCACCUCAAUGGGGCUAAAAGAUCCACAUCCCUGAACUGGUUCCUUUACUGCAAUUCAAAUGAUCCUGCUCUCAUACCGGAGGGAACAACUUUUGCAUUCUACGUCGAUGACCCACGUUGCUGGAAGCGCCCUGUUUCACCUCCUCUUGCCCCUAAGAAUAAAAGAGAUUUGCUUCUGGUCUUGUCAAAGAAUGAGCUGUUUAUAGAUGAUGAUGCCAUCAGGGGUCUUUUCACUAGCGAGGGCCGAACAGAUUCUUACAAGGACAUGUAUUCUAUAAAGCGAAUAGGCAAAGAGUUUGGUCUUCUGGACCCAUUUUCGCAAAGAAUCAGAAGCUCAAGCCAAAUUCCAAUCAUAAUCACCAAAGGUGCAAAUCAGACGUGGAUAGCGCAAGCUCCAUGGCACUGGAUUCAGCCUAUAUGGAGCAAGCUUGUUCAGGUCCCAGGAAUCAAAACUGGCGGGAUGCGCCAAGAACAUCAAAUCAAUUUUGAACGAGGCAAAGCUACCUUCCCGUAUGAUUAUCCUUAUCUAUCGGAAGGAUAUAAGUACAAUGAUGCAUUACAAGAAGCUCAUGCUCUCAAGAGGGAAAAGAUGCCACCUAGCAAAAAGCAACCUACAUCGAUGGAGCAGGGUCUCGAAUUGGCGGGUGGCGAUUGGUGGUUUCUUAGAAAAUGGACAUUCACCUAUCCACUUAUUGAAAAGGAUGUCAUUAGAAAUCAUCCUUUUGGUGAAUUUACUGAUGAUCGAUAUCGGAGAAUCUUGGACGAGAAUGAUGCUCUAAUAGUCAUUCUGGCGGUGAGAGAAGAGUGGAAAAAAGCAAAGAGACCGAUGAAAAUGGAUGAGCUUCCAGUUACAUUGUACAAGAAGAACGAUCAUGUUCACAAAGCGUUUGUGGAGGGCUCUUUCAAACCGGACUUUUCUAAGUUUCCCUCACUUCCCGUUGUGCAAAAGAAGUUUCAAUUGACAGGCAAAGGCACAAUUAAAGACUCAGCGAGGAUUUACGAGAUUCCAGCCGGUAAUCACAAAGAACCAGAGUUGAAGCAUCUUAUUGGAUUUAUCACCACAGGGACGUUCAAUAUGAGCGAGGGCGUUCCUACAGGCAUUGGCCUGAUAAAUGCCAAAUUCAAAGAUCGAAAACGUUUCAUGAUUAGAAACGUUGGGUGUACAAGAUUCUAUUACGCUAAAGCGGAAGAAAUCAAAACGUAA